AUGAAGACCCAAUAAAUUGCAUAUUUUAGUUGUUAAGGUAUUUCCGAAGAUAAUAUGAUUGAAAUUGGUUUUUAAUUUGCUCAGCUUUUAAAUAUUGAUGAUGGUGAUUUUUUAUAAAUAGCAACAGUCUCAAAUUGCAAUCAAUCCAGUGCUAUAACUAUAUAUGUUUAAAAAUGGUCAGAUUAUAUGAUUGUUCAGCAUUAAAAAGAUGUUUUUGAAACAGGUCUUCUUAAUAGUAUUUAAAUUGUCUAUAACGAAUUGCUUUUUCCAAUAUUUUAUUAAGAAGGACAAUUUGUUACUUUUACUUUCAAAGCCUAAGAUUAUAAGGGUCCAAUUGCCAUCAGUCCUAACUGUGAAAUUAAUAUUUUAAUUGAGGAGGAAUAAAAACCAGAUCAGAAAUUGGAUUUAAUUGAAUUGAAUGUUCUUCUCAAAGACAAAGACUCUUUUGAAUCCUAUAUUGAAAUAAAUACAGAUCUAUAUCAUAAUAAUAGAUUGGACAAAUUAUAUUAGAUAACUUACUCAUCAUCAUUUCCUAAAUCAUAUAGAAAUUAUGUUAAAUAUGCCAAACACUUGAAAAAAAACAAAUAGAAAUAAAAUAUUCCUAAAACUGCGAUUGUCUAGUUCAGAUAAGACAAUGAAAUCAAAAAUAAUAAAUAAUGUUUAAUUUCGAAAUUCUAUGCCAAAUAUCUUGGAAUAAGAGAAGGUUAAGUGAUUUUAAUCAAUACAUAGGAACAGGAUAUUAGUAAAGAAGCAACUAUUAGAACAUUCAAAAGAAACUAGUUUAUAUUUCAAAAAAUAUAUUUCAAUUUCUUCACAGAUCAACCUUUAAAAAAAGAGUCUAUUAUUUAAUAGAUAUUAGAAAAAAUUGAGAAAAACUAAUAAACUGUUUUACAAAGCAGAGUUCAUUAUUAGGAACAACUCUACUUUUUGAGGAUAGUGCAAUUAAUUGGUAAUCAACCAGAACACUUCCUCUAAACGUUGUCUAUUGUAAAUGAACAUAAUGAACCUAAAGUAAUUGGAGAAAGAGAAAAAGGAUUGUUAACAAAAUAUUUAGAAGAACAUGUUAGAGUUAUUGGAUUUACAACUCCAAUCUAAAAAGAAAUAAAACUUGCUUAGUACUAUGGUUUAAAAUCGAAAAAAGUACUUUUAUAGGAUUAUAAAUUAUUUUUGCAAUUAUUUGAUGGGCCAAUCAAAUAAAUAGAGUCUAUUUUAAUUUAAGAAUCUAAAUCUUAAUGUUUAAUUAGCUGUAAAGAAACUUAAGCUAUGUAAAUUUUGGUUUCCUAUUUAAAAACUAAAUUUGAAAUAAUUAAAUUAAAUAUAGACAAAUUAAAUCAACAAGGGUAGAAUGAAAAACUAUCAAAUGUUAAAAAAUUUAUCAAGCACAUCUUUUGGUAAUCAAGAUAAGCUUCUUUGAAUCCUAUCCUUAUAGUAGUUAAAGGAGUUGAAUCAAUUAAAAGCAUCGAUUUAAUUGAUUUUUAAUAGUCAUUCUAAAUACUUAUUUCAAAUGUUUUAAGUAAGAUUAUUAGAAACUCAAUUAUGGAAUAUCAAUCUGUUAAAUUAAUAGUUAUUUCACCAUCUAAGGACUAUUUAAAUGGAAAUCUAUAAAAAAUAUUUUCAAAGGAAACUAUCAUAGAAUUCAAUAAACCAAAACAAGAACUCAGAUAGAGAAUUUUUGAAUAAUGUUAUCAUUCUCAUUAGAUCAAGAAAUCUGCUGAACUUUUAGCAUCAAAAUCUGAAAAUUUCAAUUAUUCCUAAUUUCACGCCUUAUAAAAGAGAGAGAAAUAUUAAGAAGAAUUGAAUCAAGAAAUAUCAGAAGAAUGGAUUUUAUAAUAAAUUAAUGAUUUGCAAGAUUAAUAAGUGUAAUUGAAAUAAAAAAUACCCACUUUUAAAGAAAUAGGUGGUCUGAAAGAAUAAAAGUAGAUAAUAUUGGAUUUAUUUGAAUUGCCUAUGAAAUAUGAGCAUUUAUUUGCUAAAUCCAAAAUUAAGCUACCAAAAAGUGUUUUAAUUUAUGGUAUGCCAGGUUGUGGAAAAACCUAUUUUAGUUUGAGUAUCUGCAAUGAAUUAAAAAUUAAUGUGAUAACAGUAAAGGGACCUGAAUUACUAGAUAAAUAUAUAGGAUCUUCUGAAUAGAAUGUUAGAGAUCUAUUUUAAAAGGCAUAAUCAUAAUCUCCUUGCAUUAUAUUUUUGGAUGAAAUAGAUUCCGUAGUGCCAGUGAGAACAUCUUCACAUUCUGGAGUGACAGAUAGGGUAGUCAAUCAAUUUUUAUGCUAUUUGGAUGGAGUGGAGGAAGGAAUGAAGGGAGUAUACAUAGUAGCUGCUUCUAGUAGACCUGAUUUAAUUGACCCAGCUAUUUUAAGGCCAGGAAGAAUAGACAAGCAUGUUAGAAUAGAUUUGCCGAAUAAGGAGGAGAUCCUUUAAAUUUUGGAGAUUUAUAAAGGACCAUUAGAGUUUGAUGGAAUUUCAGAAUAAGAAAUAGCUGAUUCAUUGUUUGGGUUAUCUUAGGCAGACGUUGUGUCCUUUUUCAAAGAAGCCAGAAUAUAUUUAACUGAUAGAAUAGUAUAAUUAGAAGACUUUAGUCUUAAAAGAAAGGUGUAAAAAAUUGAAGAUUUUAAAUUAACAAAGGAAUUGUUUUAGGAGAUUAUGAAGAGUAUGAAACCAAGUUUGAGUCAAAAAUAGAUAGUCUUUUAUAAAGAUGUUUAUAGCAGAUUUGAGAAGGGCGGCUUAAAAGAUAUGAGUAAUCAAAAAUAAGCUUUGUAGUGA